AUGGACCGGAGACACCGUCCGCACAAAAGAGCGCAACGGAAAAGGCUGCAGAACAACUACACUGAGCAGAUUAGGGAAGAAAUGAACCAACAGCUGGAGAGACGGUUCCAAAAUCAGCCGACGUCGUCCGCGAGGCCUUCGUUCUCCAUCGAAGCGAUUCCGUUGCCGUCGGAGUCGGUGCCACUCGGACAUCCGCCGAUGAUAUCUGCGGAAGACUACGUGGAGGAGGAUUUCCUGAGGGAUCCAAAAGUGACGUCGACGCAUUCUGCAGAGAUGAUACUCUCGGACAGAACUGUACGGAAGGCAGAAGACGCCGAAAGGGAUCUGCUGGUGAGCCGUCCGAAAAAUGCAUUAUUUCAUGCAUUCCUCUCCAUUUCAGAGCCGUUCUCGUACCACAGUCGCGACGAUCUUCAACGAGUUUUGCACUCGGAUUCUCGAGGUUUCACGGGAAAAACGAAGUAAUCAGGUCGAAGUUCCGCGCAUCGAACACGCCUCUUUUCCAUUGCACAGCUGCGACGACGAGGGGAGAAGGAGGAAAAAAGAAGAAGAAAAGCCCAACAACGAUCCACCCUCAGACUCCUCUUCUUCUUCUUCUUCUUCAGAAUCCGAUUCUGAUUCUGACGCAGAUUCCACCUCGGACUCCUCCGCAUUCGAGCAUCAGGAAGAACCCGGAAAAGGAGAAGGGGAGGAGAAGCGACGAAUAAACCAAGAGAGAAAAAUGUGAGUGAUCGAAAGAGAAAGUAAAGAUAGAUGGGAGGAUUUCAGGAAGAGCAAACAAGAGAAGUUGGCGGAGAAGGAGCGGCAGGUGAAUUUGCUAAAAAUGGAAAUCGAUCGGAAAAGAGCGCAUCCGAACGGACUGCACACGGACGUUCCGUUCAACGAACAGGGACUGGGAAACGAUGGUCCCGAGUGCAGAUGCCCGCCGUCCAUCCGAGGCAAAGCACUGCGGCACGGAUACUAUCCGGGCGAGGACCGGCCGAUCAGCUGCCACCAAUCGUUCGUUUCCUCUUCCAUUCUCCCGCUCCCAUCAACAGUCUUUCAGUGGCUCCGAUUCGCACUUCUUCUACACUCUGCACGUGAAUCCGGUGCCGAACACAAAUCAAACAUUCAAAACGGCGAUGAUCGCAGGCGGCGACGAAUUCGAAUUCGAAGGAUUCUCACUGAUAACGCACGAAGCGCUUCCCGAUUGUAUGACACAGAAGCCGAUAUGCAAGUACGGAUUGGAGUACGGUUUCCGUCUGAUUCAGGAGAAAGUUCCGGAAGAGUGCUUCGAUGCUCGCGAUUGUGAUAUCAUGUACGAAUACAUUUUCCACGAAAUAUUUGAGAUGCUCGACUUUGAUCUCCGUCCGAAGCACGUGCCGAAAGAGGUCGCCACGUCACCAGUCAUCCACGUGAUGCCUCGCUUUGUGAACUUGAAAAACGGCGUUGUGAAUCUGUGGAGCACGAAGGCCUUGCUUGCGUACUUCCUCAUCAAAGGCGAAACGGAAAUGCUCACCGAACAGGACAUUGAACGUCUUCUGCAGCUGGAGGAGGGCAACUUCCAUCAGCAGACGAACCGGAUCAAGCAGGCGAUCGUUCUGAAUGCGACCCGGAAACCGUCUGCGAUCAGAGCCGAUUGGUUCGAGCGAGAUGUGAACGAGCGGCAGGUGUUCUUCAUACACAAUUCGAUCCGAUUCCAAACGUACACAACUGCUUCGCUGCCCCGAAUAAGUCAUCUCGAACGGAGACUCGCCCGGAUGCGGAAUCAAUUUCAAAACACCGGACUCGCUCAUAGGGAUCAUGAAAAGGUGAAAAAGGAGUUGGAAGGACUGAGAGAAGAGAACAGAGCCGCCCGGACUCUCCGUCUUUGCCAGCCGGUGGAAGGAUUCGUGGACACUGGUCUCCGUCCCGAUGUUGUCGCUCACAUAUCGAUGGUCAUUCUGGCAUGCCACCACAUUCGAUACAAUCUUGGGCUGAACGUAUUCGAACAGACGAUCGGCUACCGGUUCAACGAUCGGAAGGUGAUCGAAUUGGCGUUCAUGCACUCCUCCUUCAAAACCAACUACGGAACGCCCACAGAUCACAUCAGAAACCUAAUCAGCAAUUGCGGGUAUCGGAGAAAGUAUGGAAGCGAGGAAAGGCGGGACAAGAAGAAGGCGGCCGGAAUGCACAGUCUCUACAAUAUCAUGAGCGGUCAAGUCGGAACGGAUCCGAUCCUCCACAACGAACGGCUCGAGUACCUCGGGGAUGCCGUCGUCGAGAUGAUCGUCUCGCACCACUUGUUCUUCAUGUUCCCUCACCACCACGAAGGAGGUCUCGCCACCUACCGAACCGCCCUUGUUCAAAACAGAAAUUUGGCGAAUUUGGCGAUGAAGUGCCGCAUUGACGAGUUGCUUCAGUACGCGCACGGAUCGGAUCUCUGCAAUGAGGGCGACUGGAAGCACGCGCUCGCGAACGCAUUCGAAGCACUCAUGGCCGCGGUCUAUUUGGACGGAGGAAUCGCCGAAUGCGAUCGGAUAUUCUCGCAGGCGAUGUACGGAGACGAACCGGAGUUGAAGAGGGUGUGGGAUCACAUAAACGAGCACGAACUGAAGAGAGAGGACCCGCUCGGCGACCGCGAACUCUCCUACCAAACGACGAUGCUCGUGCCGUUUCACAAGUUGGAGCAGCAGAUGGGCGUUCAAUUCAACAACAUUCGACUUUUGGCGAAGGCGUUCACUCGCCGAAACAUUCCGUUCAACGAGAUCACGAAAGGACACAAUCAACGGCUCGAAUGGCUGGGCGACUCGGUCCUUCAGCUGGUCGUCUCCGACUUUCUCUUUCGCAGAUAUCCGUUCCAUCACGAGGGACACAUGUCCCUGCUUCGCACCAGUUUGGUCAGCAAUCAGACGCAAGCCUACGUGUGCGACGAUCUCGGUUUCGCCGAGUUUGUGAUAAAGAUGCCGAACAACAAAUCGAUGUAUCUGAAAAUGAAGGACAAGGCGGAUCUGGUGGAGGCGUUCAUCGGAGCACUCUAUGUCGAUCAGGGCAUAGAGUCGUGCCGCUGUUUUGUGAGAAUAGCGUUCUGCCCGAGACUCAAACAUUUCAUUGCCAACGAGAAGUGGAACGACUCAAAGUCGCACUUGCAGCAGUGGUGCCUGAUGAUGCGAGACGAGAAGAAUCCGAAUCCGCAGAUGCCCGAAUACAAGACGAUCAGCAUGGAAGGACCCACCAACAACAGGGUCUACAAGGUCGCCGUCUACUUCAGGUACCAAUGGCCUAUUUUUGAGAACAACUGCUUUUGAAUCGAAUUCUUUCAGAGGGAAACGGCUCGCCUCGACGACUGCAUCGAAUUUGCACAAAGCGGAGCUCGCCGUCGCGGAGAUUGCACUGGCUAAUGUUGAAAAAACGCGACAGAGGCUGAAGGGAAAUUCCAGACAGAACGUAAGUUUUCUCGAGUUCUAGUGUCUCACACCGUUUCUCAAGUUUUCCAGAGUCGUCGUCGCAGGUCGCGGUGAUUGGGAGACCAUCUUCCAGUCCUUAUAA